UCGGUUAUGGUUAGAAUUGUCGUUUUGUAAUUGCGCCACGUGAUUGUGUGUUAUACAUUUUUGUUACGUUGCAAAUUUUACGUGUGUAACGUAAACUUAUAUCAUUGAAACUUGUAAAAAUGAUGGCAUUUUGGAAUCAUGUUACUUUGGAACGACCGCCGCGUACAAUGUGGCAAAUCAAGCCACCAGAUGCUAAAAGAACUGGUGUUGAUGUAUCUCAAUUUAAAAAGACAUUAAGCACAGUGAUCCAUGAUUUUGAAUUAAUGGAUGAUUUACAUAGAAAUGUUGCAGUCCUAAAUCGCUUGAUUUAUCGAAUGAAAUAUAAAUUUCGAAAUGACAAAGGCUUCAUGUUCAUGGUCAAAUUGGGCAAAGCGUUGGACAAUUGUUACAGAAUGUGUCUAAAGAAUGAUUAUGUGACUUUGAAAUCUCUCAUUCAAAUGAGAGACGGGAUGUAUAGUUUACCUAGUAGACAAAAUCUGGAGUAUGUACUUGCGAGAACGCAAGGCUUUGGAAAGCUCAUGACCAGAAUAGAAAAUAUGUCAUGGAUUGCCUCUCAUUAUUUUAUAUCCAGAAUGAAAUCGGGUCAAGCGUGGAAGAUUGUUUUAAUAGCUUUGGCUACUAUAUGCAGAAUUUGGUUUCAUACAAGAUAUAUACUCUUGAAAUGUUGCUUCUGGUACGAUGAGCUGUAUCGAUAUGCACCACAGUUUCAAUAUGUGGGUGCAAAACCCUGGCUCCCAAAUGAUCAAAGCUUACCACACAACUUGAAAUCGUGGUUGUGUGUGGACUGGGAAGACAGAAAUUUGUCACAUAACUCAUUUACCGGGCAACAGCUAAUUAGAAAAAUUAUGUCCGAAGCGUAUAGUAAUAUUACUAAAGAAAACAUUAAUACCUUGAUGCUGGAUGAAGAGAUUGAUGAUUCGGAGAUUGAUGAUUCAGAGACAGAUAACUCAAGACUGACACAAAAUAUCAAAGUUACUUCUAACAAUAAUGUAAAAAAUAAAUCUUUAUCAAAUAAUGACACGGAAGAUAUUGGAGAAGUAAUAGAUCGGGAGACUUUUGUGAGUAGCAGCAAUCUUCCACCAAACGAUGGAUGCACAUCAAUAAAACGUAAACACAUGAAUACUGCUCAAGGAAUGAGCUUUAAAAAAUCAAAAAAUCAUGCAAAGAAAAUAGAAAUAAUAUUAUAGAAAAUGAUAUUAGGAAGCAAAUUGUCUACAUAAUAGAUUCAAUUAUAGAAUAAUAGCUACUGUUUUAUUUGCAUAAUGAAAAUCAAGCUGUGCAUAAUUUUAAUCGCAAUAGAA